AUGGUGGCGGCAUCACAUGGGUUGAGUGUGCCGGGGCUGCUGCUCGUUGGAAGCUCCGCGCUGGAUGUCGAUGUCGACAAAGAUCUGCUUGACAGUAUUGAUGGCGAGCCACCGGGCAAGGAAUUAGACAGAGAAUUGACCGAAAAGCUUGAUGACGUGGGAACGUCUGUUGUAGUCGAUGAACUUGUAACGACACCGGGAGACUCCGACUGA